AUGCUCUCGAGCUACUUCUCGCGUGCGUGGGCUAUUCACAUCACAUACAUUGGCGAGAUCAGAUCCUACACACUCAUGCCUGACUGUGCGCUCGAGUCUGUCAGCGUGUUCUAUCGAGGUCUCCUGUUGAAAUGCAUGCCUCUAUCUAGCAGAGUUCUUGCAAGGCCGCAAUACUGUUGCGGUGUUGACUUCAAAUUCCCAAUGGCCAUACAGAACGAGGACCUAGCCCGCCGCAUCGUGGUCUCUCAAUCCAAAUCUGAGGACCUGACAGCAAAAGUUAUAACUAUAUCCGGGGUUCGUGGCAGAUCGAAUGAACGUGCCAUCAGAAACGAACGGACAUCGGGUGAUCUUUAUCGAAGCUUCUGCAAACAGCUGAGAUGUUUUGAAGGACGGUUUCGUUCGCAAGCAGACAAAGCAGAGUUCUUCAAAAAUUGUAUCAGCAUCAAAGAACUAUUAGAGAAUCGAGAGCUUGGAAUUGUAGAGGAUACCGAGAGUUGA